UCGUUGCAUUCAGAGUAGAAUUGAACUCGGCGCGGUCAAGUUUGUUGUGCGCGGUGAUAUUUGCAAUCAAAGAUAACACAGUGUUAUUUAUUUAAUUUAUUUACUGAUAAUUACAAGAUAUGAGCGAGCAAAAGUACUUGAACUUGAACAAUGGCUUGCGGAUGCCUAUUAUUGGUUACGGCACUUGGAUGGCUAGUGAGGAAGAAAUCAACACUGCUGUAAAUGAAGCGCUCAAGGUGGGCUACCGUCAUAUUGAUACGGCACCGGUGUAUUUAAAUGAAAAGGCCAUUGGAAACGUGUUAACCAAGUGGUUUUCUUCGGGAAAAAUAAAGCGAUCCGAUUUAUUCAUCACUACCAAGUUACCACCACCAGGUGCCGACAGACCCGAUCUAGUUGAACUCACAUUGCGAAAAUCGCUUGCGGAUCUACAGCUAGAUUAUGUGGAUUUAUACUUAAUACAUACGCCAAUAACUGUGGUUGUAGACGAGAAAGGUGCAUUUAAGCACUAUGAAGAUGGAACCAUAAUUGUUGAUCCCAGCACGGAUCUUGUAGCUAUUUGGAAGGAAAUGGAGGGUCUGGUCGCAAAAGGCUUAACCAAAUCGAUUGGAAUUUCCAACUUUACUAUAAAGCAAAUCGACAGGAUCCUUCAGAACUGCACCAUCAAGCCAGCAGUCUUGCAGAUCGAAUACCACAUUUAUUUGCAACAACCAGAACUGAUCGAGUUUUGCAAAUCUGCAAAUAUAGCCGUGACCGCCUAUUCGCCACUCGGCUCCAAAGGUGUGGGUACCUUGAAUAAGAGAGCUGGAGUGGAACGUGAAUUACCCGAUUUACUAGAAGUGCCCGUGGUCAAAGAGAUCGCACAAAACCAUAGCAAAAGUGAGGCACAAGUGUUGCUACGCUGGAUUGUGCAAAAAGGUAUAUCGGUUAUACCAAAGAGUACCAAUCCUAAACGCAUGUACGAGAAUAAGAAUAUCUUUGAUUUUAAAUUGAGGGCGGAGGAAAUGGAACAGCUAAACAGUUUGGACGCAAAUAUACGUGUGGUGAAUUUCUCAUUUUUCCCAGGCGUUGAAAAGCAUCCAGAGUUCCCUUUCUAAGUGUUUUGGAUGGUAACGCAUGGUAAACAACAGCCGAUUUACUCUCUUAAUAUGUAUGAAUUAUUGUAAACUGUUUCACACGAAUAGACAGAAUAGACAGACCCUGGGGUGCACACAUAAAAUAGUUUAGAAAUCAACAACAAAAUAAACACAUUAUUAAAUCGCUUCAGCAACUGGCAUUAAA